CAAAAGGAAUUCCAAAAGCGUCUAGACAUUCAGAAUUAAUUUUUUACUUUUGAAAUUUUAUACAUCGCAACGUGGUUUUAAUUGAAAGGAAAAGUUCCAUAUUUUAUUAACGUGUAAUAUAAUAUAAUAUUUACAAUGGCAGAAUUACAAAUGAAUGAAGGAUGGAAUAGUGAUCAAGAAUUUGAAUAUCCAUUUGAUGAACAAGAAACUGUACAAGUAACCAGAAAGAAAAAUUAUAGUACAAAGACUAGACUUAAUAAUUUUAGAAGUUCCAAAAAUGGUUCACAACAAGCAAAAUCAAAUGAUCUAAUUAUAAAUAUAGAUUCAAAGAAAGUAGGUAAACUUAUAGGCAAGGGUGGUUGCAAUAUAAAAGAAUUGCAAGAGAAAAGUAAAACAAGGAUUCAUAUAAAUCAAUCUACUACAUGUGGUGUUAGUACAGUUACUUUAAUCGGAUCUCCGGCAGCACAAAGUAAAGCUAAAGAAUUAAUUGAUGAAUUAUUAAAAGAUACUCCGCAACCUGUGAAAACUGAGCAAAAAAAGGGGACGAAAUUCAAUUUGAAUCGAAUCAACAAAAGUCAUGAUGAACCAUUCACUUAUCCACCUAUAUAUAAGAACUUUUAUCAAGAGGAUCCUGUUAUUACUCAUAUGCCUGCUGAACGUGUAGCAGAAAUAAGAGCACAAAAUAAUAAUAUUGAAGUUCAACAUGUGUUUGACGAUGAAGAAAGUAAUGUUGAUAUAUGUUGCAUUCCUAAUCCUAUUGAAACAUUUGAACAAGCUUUCCAUAAUUAUCCGCAAGUUCUUGAAGAAAUAAAAAAACAAGGCUUUACAAAUCCAAGUCCUAUACAGCGUCAAGGAUGGCCAAUUCUACUUAGCGGCAAAGAUAUGAUUGGUAUAGCACAGACUGGAACAGGCAAAACAUUAGCAUUUCUUUUGCCUGCAUUAAUUCACAUUGAUGGUCAAAGGACUCCUUUUAAUGAAAGAGUUGGUCCUAAUGUUCUGAUUUUGGCACCAACUAGAGAAUUAGCAUUACAAAUAGAAAAAGAAGUAGGAAAAUAUUCGUAUCGUAAUAUUAAAGCUGUUUGUCUGUACGGUGGCGGUAAUCGACAAGAUCAAAUAGAUAUAGUAACAGAAGGUGUACAAAUAGUCAUAGCUACACCGGGAAGAUUAAAUGAUCUUGUAUUAGCAAGAGCUAUAGAUGUAAGAUCUGUUACAUAUCUUGUACUAGAUGAAGCAGACCGUAUGCUGGAUAUGGGGUUCGAACCUCAAAUAAGGAAAAGUUUAUUUGAUGUGAGAUCCGAUAGACAAACUAUAAUGACAAGUGCUACAUGGCCACCAGGUGUUAGACGCCUAGCUCGAUCAUAUAUGAAAGAUCCAAUUCAAGUAUUUGUUGGAUCAUUAAAUUUAUCAGCUGUACAUACAGUAAAACAACAUAUUCAUAUAAUCGACGAGGAAGAUAAAUUUGCUGUGUUUUAUGAAUUUAUUCGCAAUAUGGAUCCCGAAGACAAGAUUAUUGCUUUUUUUUCUAAAAAAGCAAGAGUAGACGAUGUAUCGAGCGACCUAUCUCUCUCGUAUGUUAAAAAUGAAAGUAUUCAUGGUGGAAGAGAUCAAGAAGAUAGAGAACAAGCCAUAGAAGAUUUAAAAAAUGGCUCGGUACGAAUUCUUCUUGCAACAGACGUUGUUAGCCGAGGUAUUGACAUCGAGGAUAUAACGCAUGUCUUCAAUUAUGAUUUUCCACGUGAUAUAGAAGAAUAUGUCCAUCGAGUUGGACGUACAGGUCGCGCUGGUAAAACCGGCGAAAGUAUAACGUUAAUGACCAAAAAUGACUGGUCACAUUCCAAAGAACUUAUCAGUAUUUUAGAAGAGGCUAAUCAAAUGGUGCCAGAUGAGUUAUAUAGUAUGGCCGAAAGAUACGAUGCCUGGAAAAUGAAACGGGCGGAAGAACGAGCAAAUCGUUCGAAUGGGCAAGGCUACAAGUCUGGCUACAGUAGACAAAAUAAGUGGGGUGGAAAAUGGUAAAUUUUACCAUUAAUCAACAGAGUCUACACAUAGUUAUUCUUUUCUUUUUUUUGUCAUUUUAAUUUUAUUUCUUUUUUCCACCUUUUUUCUAUCCCAUGUAAAAUCUUGUACAAAUUAAUCAGUUCUUUAAGUAAUGCAUUUCACUUAAAUUGUAGAAUUUGUGCAAUGUUUUCAUUUAGUUAAUUACUUGUACAUAUCAUUUAGUUAA